AUGUCCCAGCACACUGCCGUGCUCGCGCCCUCGUCGCGCGUGCCGCCCGAGCUCACGCCGGCGGCGUCGGGCCAGGCGCCGCUCGUCGUCAUGCCGUCGGCCGUGUGCGACGCCGAGGCGCGGCGCGAGACGACGCGCCAGCUGGCCGCCGACGUCGAGGGCGCCACGGGCGCCAGCGUGCUCGUCGGAGAGGCGCAGCUCAACAACGACGUGCGCGGCAUCCUCUGGCUCGACACGGGCGUCAAGCACCUCGACAUCCUCGAGGAUGCGCUGACACGCUUCCCGGGCAUCGGCUGGGUCGGCGUGCCGAUGGCCGGCUGCGGGCACUAUGGUCCCGUCAUGCGUCGCUUCCCCGGUAAGAUCUGGACGAGCGCAAAGGGAGCCUACGCUCAGCCCGUCGCCGAGCAUGCGCUCGCCUUGGCCCUUGCGCUGCUGCGCAACCUGCCCACGCGCAUCCGUGCCACGAGCUGGGGGCCAGCCACUGGCCUCUCGCUCUUCGGCCUGCGCGUGACGGUGCUCGGCGCCGGCGGCAUCACGCUAUCGCUCCUCUCGCUCCUCGCGCCCUUCAAGAACCGCGUCACCGUGCUGCGGCGGCGGGCCGACGAGGGCCUCGAGGCCAGCCUCGUGCCGGCGGGCCUCGACGUGAGCGUCGGCGCGCUGGCCGACCUCAAGUCGAUCCUGCCCGAGACGGACGUGCUCAUCAUUGCGUGUGCCCUGACGCCGCUGACGAAGCACGUCAUCGGCGCGCCCGAGCUGGCGCUCAUGAAGCCGAGCUCCAUCCUCGUCAACGUCGCCCGCGGCGAGCACGUCGUGACGCCGGCGCUCGUCGAGGCGCUGCGCGAGGGGCGCAUCGCCGGCGCAGGCAUCGACGUGACGGACCCGGAGCCGCUGCCCGAGGGGCACGAGCUGUGGACGCUGGAGAGCAGCCACCCGGACGUCAGCUCGCAUGGUCCGGGCGGCGGCGCUGGACGUGCCAACCUCAUCAUCACGCCCCACACCGCCGACACGCCCGAGAUGGUGGCGCCGUUGCUGGCGCAGCGCUUCAAGCGCAACGCCCUGGCCCUCUCGCGCGGCGACGGCGAGUUCGAGGGUGUGGUCGACGUAGAGCAGGGCUACUAG